CCUGCGCAUGCGUUCUUUUUUCCGGCCAGAACAGUUUAAUUUUAUGUAGUUAGCUGUACUGUUGGUAUAUUCUUUUUGUUUAUUUGAUUUAUUCAGACGGAUUAAGGAUAAUUGUAAUUACGUCAGGUUAGUCAGAGUGGAGUGAGCGGAAAUACAAAUCUGUGGGGGAACGAAAAGCUACAGAACACCGGCUCAGAUGAGAGCGUUGUCUCUGCGUUCUGAACAUCAUGCUUCCCCGGGCGGGUAAAGAGUUUCUGGUCCGGAUUCGGUUCUCCUGGAGGCCUCUGUUCCAGGGCCGGUACCUGCUGCUCACCAACACGCUGAGCGGAGGGCUCAUGCUGUCGCUGGGAGACAUCCUGCAGCAGACUCGGGAAAACCGCAGGGAGCCGGGUCGAGUCCGGGACUGGGGGAGGACAGGCAGAAUGUUUGUGGUUGGUUGCUCCAUGGGCCCAGUGCUGCACUACUGGUACAUCUGGCUGGACAGAGUUUAUGUGGGCAAAGCACUGAAGACGCUGAGCAAGAAGGUUCUGGUGGACCAGCUGAUCGCCUCACCGACGCUGGGAAUGUGGUAUUUCAUAGGUAUGGAUCUGCUGCAGGGACGCUCUUUAUUGGACGGAUGGGCGGAGUUUAGAGGAAAGUUCUGGGAGUUUUACAAGAUGGACUGGUGUGUUUGGCCCGCUGCGCAGACGAUCAACUUUUACUUUCUGUCACCCAAGUUUCGUGUCGUGUACAUUAAUUUUGUCACGUUAGGAUGGGACACCUACCUCUCAUAUCUUAAACACAGAGAUAAGAGCCAGCAGGAUGACCUGACAUCUGACAGCAGCUCUGUGGAUUCACAGCAGGAAGAUCGGACAUCUUCUAAACCUCUGGAGGAAAAAGCUUAGAGUUCUUCAUUAUCUGUGACUUUAAUUAAAUGCAAGAGAACAUUUUAAUUAUACUUUCAGACCCUCGCUCCUCCUCUUGAAGAACACUAUAAGAAGGCAUUUAUCUAUGAGGAGCUGCAUAUUUGUAAUUUUUCUUCCUGUUUUUUGUGUGUGUGUGUGAAAGAGGUGAAUCCCGUAGGAGCAUUCAGGGACGACAGCAGCUUCACUGCCCUCACCGCUGAUAUUCCUGUUUCCAGACGUUGUGAUUGUUGAGGCGUUUUGUCUCGACUAAAGCUAUAAGCUGACGCGGUACCUCUCUUUUUCUAUGUUGUUAAAAAUGUUUCCGUAUAAGAUUCCAAACUGUUUUUAACCCAGCUCCACCAUGAGAACCGUUGCCUUAACAUGCAGUCCAGUUCUCAACAUUAUUGUGCCAAAUAAUCUGUUUAUCCUUUAUGAUUCCUGUUGAAUGAUGCUUGAGAUGAAGAUGAUUAUAGUUAAAUCCAAUAUUACACAGAACUGUAGACUGUAAAUAUAAACUUGAAUCCUGUUAAACUGAAUAUUUAUCACGUAUAUUUUCAGUUUGAUGUGUGAAACAAAAUGUUUCCACCAAUUAAGUUAUUAAUUAGGUUUUUUGGGUGAAUUUUAUCAAUUAAAUAUUUGUAGUUUUUCUUAUUUGUAUGAUUGCGCUCUACUAAAUGAUGUAGAUAAUUGGUUAAAAACAGAAGUCUGUAAAGAAAUUAUAGAUUAUUUUUUUUCUAAUUUUUAAUUUUUGUUUAUGUUUUGUCUUGAAAUUGAAUGAUAAUAGGUGUUGUAUGAACAUGGAGAAAAUAUUUAUUACAUGACAUUAAAGCGAAUUAAACAUGAAUAA